GCUGGCAUACAUUGUUAGAGGGAAAACAGAAAAAGGUGAACAGCGAGAAGAUGUUGGCGAUACGAGAACCUAGAGAAGUGGCAAUAAGAUGGUCUUCGAUUACAACUGCACCUUGCAGCGUAAUUUCUGAAUCUUCGCCAAGACCAACUACACCAAGAUAUCCUCAACGUGAGCUUUCGUCCUUUGGCAACGAUUAUGAUGAAAAUAUACUACAGUUGAUUCACGCACAUUUAGAAGUGGAUGCACAUCAUACAGUUGCUUAUGUCGGACACAUGAGAGGAAACUUGGUCGAGAAGAUGGAGAAACACUUCUGCUUACUUACUCCUAUUACAGUUUUAUAUCCAGGGGGAGUAACAUACAAGGACAUUGCUGAAAACUCACGAAGACUUGCUUUGAAAAUAUCGCAAACACCGGCGGAAGAUUUUUUUGCAUCUGCAUCGGGGAAUUCGCCAGAACAAAAAAGAAAAUUUGAUCGAAUUUUCAUCAAUAAUUCCGUGCAAAACCUCAACGAUUUUGAAUUAACUUUUACGAGAAUGAGGAAAUGUCUCGAAGAAUCAGGAAAGAUAAUGAUAUUACAUCGACCAACUUCCAUCACUACGUUACCAUAUUUCAAUAAAGCGAGAGAAAUACUUGGCAAUAUUGAAAUCCCUUUCAUGGAAAUCAUAACAGCGUUACAAAAAACAGGUUGUGACGUCCGGUGGGAUUUGGAACAUGUCCCUUUGGUGCUGGAAAAGAUUAAAUGGAUCGCAUUAUUACGGAAUAGAUUUCCUACGGAACUUGAAAUUUUAAGCGAUAAUGAAAUUGAAGACGGAGUUCGGGAGUUGCUGAAUGGAACGCUGAACUACCUGACUCCGGUUAUGGAACUUGAAGAUCGUCUUAUAUUAAUCACUGGAACACCUCCCGAUAAACCAGGGACAUAUCCAGCCGUACAGAGAAUUGUAUCCAGACCGCAACUACCAUAUUCAGAAUUAUUAGAUCUUGAAUACACCCUCACGCUUACUAAUCCGAUGAAAAGAUUUUUGUGAAAAUUUUUGGUUCCGAUUUUGAUUCCCAACCACAACCAAAUUCGUAUUGGUCAAACGACGUCAUUUUGAACUAUUUUUUUUGCCCCACUGUACCGACAGCAUAUACAGUUGGGUUAUGAACCACGAUGACCUAUAUCGGUCUUGCACACUGACUUACACAAAACAACGACCGACCAUCUACUGUUAAAUUAUCUCUAUUUUGACUCAAAUGCAAAUUGCGAUAAUAUAAUGUCUCUCUCUUAAAAUACUUUUACACUGAGUAGUAGUUGUAAACGUAUAUAUCUUUAUCACUCUCGCUAAUUAAGGUAGUGCUGGGUAAAGUCGUAUUGGAGUUAUGAUGUGUGUUGAAUAACAAUUAAAAAGAUGAAUUUACUUUCUUCGACCUGCUGUCUCAUGUGCGACAUUAAAACUGCUAUCUCUGAUUUGCUGUCUGUAUUUGAAAUGGAUAUUGAGAAAAAUAAUUAUUUGGAUGGCUAGGUGCAAUUAGUAAUCAAGCCUUUGAGAUAAACGCACAAAUUACACCUAUGUAAAAGGAAAUCCAAUCAUAUGUGGAAAUCCGACGAGGCUCGAAAAUACGCGGUUUUGUAAUGUUUGUCGUUUUGUUUUGUAUGUGGCAUGAAAUGAAUAAAACUAUCCUCAAGAUUUGACCGUCGAUAACGCAGACAAUUACUGUAUGGUAUCCCAACAUUCAAAUGUACCGGUGGAAAAGUUCAGCCUAUAGUAGGCUAUCAUAGCUAUUUCUUGACAAAUUUUUGAUUACUGCAAUUAAACUAAGACCCUAAAAACACAAACUGUUUAUGGCGCUAUUCGAUUAAUAUUUGAAUUCCCGGAACACAGCUAAAAACUAACAAAUAGCAUGCAAUAACGCGAAAACGAGGUAAUGUUAUCAUGUCUAAAAAUCUGUCUGAGUGGCCGCUAAAUCUCUAUUGUCACGAUUUGCAUCUUGAUGAUUAGCCAGUGUUACGAAGUUAAACAAGGAUUACAUUCAAUUAUCUACUUCAUAUUUGACAGUUGUGUUUCGGAAAUUUAAAUAUAAAUCAAAUACUUCAAUGUUCACCAUGUCUUUUUAGAAGUUUUAAUUUAUUCACAGUAAUAAAGAAUUGAGUAGAAAUAGUGAUAGACUAGGCUAAAAUUCCUUACCGGUACUUCUAAAAAACAAAUUAUUGUACGCGAUGAAUCAUAUUGAUGGUUUGAAACAAAUACCUAUUUUACAGGGGCCAACUCGCGGAACCUGUCUCAAAAUAAGCCCCGAAAAUGUUGCAAUGGUGAAGUAUAGGAAUAAUUUUUCGUGGGUCAAAGAUCGAGGAAAGGUCCAUUGAACGCUUUUUAACUUUAUUUUUAGUUAUGUCUGUCUCCCAUGUAUCUAUUUGUUUUGUUUUGUCUGUUUACUUUUUGUAUUGUUUAUGUCAGA